AAAAUUGUUACACAUUUUUUUGUUUACAAGUAUAUAGAUUUAUUUUGAAAGUUCUUGUAAUAAAGGCUAUAAUUAAAUUAAGCCACUUUACAUGGGUUGUCAAGUUUUGAUGCACUGCUGAUAUAUUGAUUCGCCCUACUGACGAUUCGCUCCAUAAAAAACUCGCCCACUUCUGUGACGGCUGUGAAAUAAUAUGCAUGCAUUUUUGAAGACUGGUACUUUGAGUACAGCCUCAAAAGAUAAGUCUGAGGCUGGGGUGUCGAAAGAAGCAAAGGAGAAAAAGAAGCAUGUACCAUGGGUUGAAAAAUACCGCCCAAGAUGUGUUGACGAUGUUGCAUAUCAAGAUGAAGUUGUUGCAGUAUUGAAAAAGUCACUACAGGGUUCUGAUUUACCCAAUCUACUUUUCUAUGGUCCACCUGGUACAGGUAAAACCUCAACAAUAUUAGCAGCUUCCAGGGAACUUUUUGGUGAUAUUUUCAAGACGAGGGUUUUAGAAUUGAACGCCUCAGACGAGCGAGGUAUUAAUGUAGUACGUGAGAAAGUGAAAACAUUUUCACAACAGUCGGCAAGUAGUGUCCGACCAGAUGGAAAGCCAUGUCCUCCAUUUAAGAUAGUGAUUCUUGAUGAGGCAGACUCUAUGACAGGAGCAGCUCAGGCUGCUCUUAGAAGAACAAUGGAGAAGCAGUCAAAGACAACCAGAUUUUGUUUGAUAUGUAACUAUGUUAGCCGUAUUAUUGAACCCAUAGCUUCCCGUUGUGCAAAGUUCCGGUUCAAACCUCUAGCAGAAGAAGUGCUUGUGAAAAGAUUACGGUAUAUAUGUGACCAAGAAGAUAUAGCAUGUGAAGAUGAGGCUCUGAAAGGAUUGCUGGACACAUCAGAGGGUGACCUUCGUAAAGCCAUUACAUUUCUACAGAGUGCUUCAAGAUUAAAGGCAGGGGACACAAUUACUAAAACAGAUAUUUAUGAAAUUGCAGGGGUAAUACAUGAUGAUGUCAUUGACAAUCUUUUGACAGUGUGCCACUCCAAUUCCUACGAAAAACUUCAAAAUUGUGUUCAAGAUAUAAUGAACGAGGGACACUCGGCAUCUCAGUUGAUAUUACAGUUACAUGACAGAGUGGUUCAGCUUGAUGAAUUAGAGGACACACCUAAAUCUGUCGUCAUGGAAAAACUUGCUGUUGUGGACAAAUGUUUGAUGGACGGUGCCGAUGAAUUUCUCCAGCUGAUGGCGCUCUGUUCUGUUCUGAUGAAGCAAUUUUGUUCACCAGGUAAAUGAUAGUACAACAAAGAACAAUAUCUGGAAAUACUAGUGAACUAGGGCUGAACUGUGUUCAAAAGUACAAGUCUGGAAUUCUUUCUGUAAAGUGUUAAUGUGCAUAGUGCUAUAAUUUGGGUAAUAUUAUAAUGGAAAUUUUGAAGAAAUGCCAGUGUUUAGCAGCAGUAUACCAAUUUAAUUUGCGAUAUGACAUUUAAUCAAAUUGAAUUUAAGCAUUUUAAAAAUGGAUGCAUGUUCAGUUUAAUACGAUAUUGAUGGUCUGACAUACAGAGAAAUUAUUGGAGAAAAAUAUAGAUUUAUUGUAUAAUUUAUUGUAUUGUAUAUAAAGUUUUCUAUAACUUCAGGCCUUUUAAUACUUGUGAUGGUAAUAAUAUGUUCAACCAUUUUAAAGUGAGGCCAGGCCAACAUGUCUUCACAGUCUGAUUAAACUGUUCUGUUGAUUCUAUAUUGGUAGGUGAAUAAGCAACUUAAAAUAUAUUUGAAACUUAAUUUCAAAUUAAGUUUAGGACUUUACUUUUUGGUGGACCAAUAAGAUUAGUCAUGACAGAAUGUUAAGGACUGAGAUGUUAUAUAUUAUAUGAAAUAUAAAACUGUUGUGAACCAGUUUUGAAAGGGAAAUUUGAAAUUUAUGAUUUCUAUGUAU